GUCAGUUAUUCUGGAUGUUUGAAAACUGAAUUAAGAAAAAUUCACUCAGAAGUUGGCUGAAUGUUGCAAGCUUGCAAAAUGGAAGGAUUUCCCCUCAUUCCCCCUCAACCCUCUGAAGAUAUGGUACCCUAUGAGUCAGACCUCUACCGACAGCCCCAUGACUAUUACCAAUAUCUCAACAGUGAUGGAGAGAGUCAUGGUGAUCAUUACUGGGAAUAUCAUCCACACCACAUGCACAGUGAGUUUGAAACCUUUGGAGACAAUCACUUCACAGAACUGCAGAGUGUACAGCCUCCCCAGCUGCAGCAGCUGUACAGGCACAUGGAGAUUGAACAAAUGCAUGUCUUGGAUUCUGCAAUCCCAACCACACACAUCGGACUCAACCAUCAGGUGUCCUAUUUGCCCCGGAUGUGCCUACAGUACUCCUCUCCACCGCAGCCCAGUUCUGAUGAGGAGGACAUAGAGAGGCAGAGCCCCCCGUUGGAGGUAUCAGAUGGGGAGACUGAUGGUGUGGACCCUGGGCCUGGAAUUAUGCAUGGAGAAACAGGCAGCAAGAAAAAGAUACGUCUGUAUCAGUUCCUUCUGGACCUUCUUCGCAGUGGAGACAUGAAGGACAGCAUCUGGUGGGUGGACAAGGAAAAAGGUACUUUCCAGUUCUCCUCCAAACACAAAGAAGCAUUGGCCCAUCGCUGGGGCAUCCAGAAAGGUAACCGCAAGAAAAUGACCUACCAGAAGAUGGCACGGGCUUUGAGAAACUACGGCAAGACAGGGGAGGUCAAGAAAGUUAAGAAGAAGCUGACGUACCAGUUUAGUGGAGAGGUGAUGGGAAGGGGGGUCACUGAUAGGAAGCAUUAUCCUCACUGAGGCCACGGGACCCUAAGCAAGAAAAAUAUUAAGACCUCCUGGCUGGAUACCAGCAGAGGAGAUGGACGCAUCUUUCUCUUUGCUUCCUGUGCCCCCUUCUCUGCCUUUAAACGGCCUUUACCAUCAGAUGUUUCUGGUACGAAUUCCCUUCUUCAGCAUCUGAGAAUCCUAAACGUGACAGAAUUCUUUGCUUCCAUCCUACAAGUUGGACAAAGUUGGGAAAUUUAAACAAUGUACAAAUAUAUUAUUGUCAGGAAAGAUUUUUUUUGAUUGUAUUGUAACUAAAGAAUACAGCUGAUGAAGUUUUGCCUUCAAAGA